UACCAAAAAGUUUGGGGGGAAAACUCUCGGUUAGGGCAAAAGCGCCAGAUCGCUCCUCCCAAUUUUCCCGGUCCCUCCUCAAAAACCCGCCGAUCCUUAAAAGGAAUUCCUCAGACCUUCUCUCUCUCCUUCACCACCGUCGUCGUCGGCGAGGUGGGGCCCGAUCGAGUUCUUUUGGCGGGAAGAGCAGAAGACGCGAGAAAAGACGCUUCAGAAAUGGUGGACGUUUGGUGGUCUUUAGUGGGCGCAGCUAUCCCAGCAGUGAUCGCAGGGCAGGCGAUCAGGAUGAAGAGGAGAAACACGGAGGAGCAACGGCUCAAGAACGCUCGUGGUCGCGAGAAGAGCUCCGACGAUGUCUUUGUAUGCGAGAGGGUUUGCACUUCGAAGCGGAUGCUGAACAAAGUCGGGGCCUUUUCUAAGGACCCGACGCCUGACACUUGUGUUACUGUCUGUGGUGUUUCUGAGCUCGAUGCUUGCACUGACGCUUGUGCUCGUACUGUUUGUGUUAACCAGCACCAGGUUCCCAAUUGGAAUGAUAUUUGCCUUCGUCGGUGCCAGAGUGAGUGCCUCAAGUUGUCUUCUUCUUAUACUCAGUAGGAUAUUUUGAGGAGGGUGUUUGGUUGGGGUAUUUCGUCGUGGUACUUGUUUUUUGGAUUAUGGGUUAUCUAACGACACCAUUUUGGUGCUUAAUUGUGCCAUUUUGUUGUGAUACUUUAUCUCUGGAAUUUGGGUUAUCUUACAACACUGUGUGGUUCUAACUCCUGUGGCUGAAACACUCUUUAAUUUGAAGGCAGCUUUCGUUGUGGCA